AUGGAAACUACAGAGCAUAAAGGAGGAGAAGAAGAUAAACAAGCAACUAGUACUGAUGAUGUGGGGUGGAGUGGAAUGUUGGUGAAUCAGUAUCGGAAAAUUAAAGAGAAUGCAGAAACAUACCCUUAUGUUUGGGGUUCCUACAUUGUUGUCUAUGGGGGUUUUACUCUUUAUAUGGCUUAUAGAUGGAGGAAGCUAAGAAAGACCGAAGACAGAGUUCGAGUUCUUCAGGAAAGAUUGCGCAAGAUUGUUGCAGCUGAGGAGUCCUCAACAACCUCAACCUCAACCCCUCCAGGUGCUUCCUCCACCGAAAAUGUUCGACCACCUGUAAAGCCUUCAAAUGAGUGA